AUGAACCAGGGAUGGCCACAAGACGGGGAGGAAAAUCCAAGCGGCAGGAAAAUCAACAAAUUGAAGAUGUGCCUGUGGUCCAGACCUCCCUCCAUGAGCGCGAUGGCCAUCGCGGACAACAAAGAAAACAACCACAGUGAUAUUCAGGGAUCUGCUGAGUUGUAUGGCUCAACACAAUAG